AAAGAGACUCGGCGGUGGAUCUCCUCGGAAGGAGGGAAAUCCGUCACGUGGGAGGAGGAGGAGGAGGAGCAGGGCAAGCCAGCCAGCCAGCCAGCCAGUUUGUGGGCGAUUAGCAUCCGAGCGCCGCGGCUGCAGCAGGCAGUUGGCCACGGAGAGGAGUCGCUGGCCACCGGGAGCUCCCGGCAUCUCCUUUCCUCGGUUGCGCACGGCAUUCCCCGCACCCGGCGCCGGCCAGCCUCCGCUCCGGGACCCCCGAGGGGAACUUUGGGGGAUUUUCCGAGGCUGGGGGGCUGGCAGAGAGACGCCUGAGCAGCCCCUGGCUUCUUUACCGGGGCUGCGCGGCCGGUGGCCACCAGGCGGCCGCGAUGGGGCUUCAGGAGCUCUCCGUGGUGCUGAUCCUGGCCGGGGGACUCGUCCACGUCUCCCUGCAAGGAGAGUAUCAGAGAAAACUCUAUAAGGAGCUGCUGAAAAAUUACAACCCGUUGGAAAGACCCGUGGCCAACGAUUCCCAGCCUCUGACGGUUUCCUUCAGCCUCAGCCUCAGACAAAUCAUGGAUGUGGAUGAAAAGAAUCAAGUCUUAACCACCAACAUUUGGCUGCACAUGUAUUGGACAGACUACUAUUUACAGUGGAAUAUGUCCGAAUACCCUGGAGUGAAAAAUGUCCGUUUUCCUGAUGGUCAGAUAUGGAAGCCGGAUAUCCUUCUAUAUAACAGUGCCGAUGAGCGCUUUGAUGCGACAUUCCAUACCAACGUUUUGGUGAACUCUUCUGGAUACUGUCAGUAUCUCCCUCCAGGAAUAUUCAAGAGUUCUUGCUCCAUCGAUGUGCGCUGGUUUCCUUUUGAUGUCCAGAACUGCAAACUGAAAUUUGGAUCCUGGACGUAUGGCGGAUGGUCCUUGGAUCUGCAGAUGAAAGAAGCCGAAACGUCUGGGUACAUCUCGAAUGGCGAGUGGGACUUGGUUGGGGUUCCGGGGAAAAGGACAGAAACUUUCUAUGACUGUUGCAAGGAGCCUUAUCCUGAUGUGACUUUUACGGUGACCAUGCGGCGGAGAACGUUGUAUUACGGGCUGAACCUUCUUAUUCCCUGUGUGCUGAUCUCAGCUCUUGCCCUCCUUGUGUUCCUGCUCCCAGCCGACUCUGGGGAGAAGAUUUCACUUGGGAUAACGGUUUUAUUGUCCCUGACGGUUUUUAUGCUCCUGGUGGCAGAAAUUAUGCCAGCAACUUCCGAUUCAGUGCCAUUGAUCGCACAAUAUUUUGCCAGCACUAUGAUUAUAGUUGGGCUUUCCGUCGUUGUCACGGUCAUCGUGUUGCAGUAUCACCACCACGAUCCGGACGGGGGCAAAAUGCCCAAGUGGACCAGAAUAAUCCUUCUGAACUGGUGUGCCUGGUUCUUGAGGAUGAAAAGACCAGGGGAGGAUAAAGUGCGCCCGGCGUGCCAACAUAAGCAGCGUCGAUGCAGUAUGUCAAGCAUCGAGGUAAACACUGUGAGUGGACAACCAUCCAGCAAUGGGAAUAUGCUGUAUAUUGGAUUCAGGGGUCUAGAAGGUGUCCAUUGCACUCCAACCACCGACUCAGGUGUGAUCUGUGGCAGAAUGACUUGUUCCCCUACCGAAGACGACAAUCUCCUUCACAGCGGGCAUCCCUCGGAGACUGACCCAGAACUAGCCAAGAUCUUGGAAGAGGUUCGCUACAUUGCCAACCGGUUCAGAGACCAAGACGAGGCGGAAGCCAUUUGCAAUGAGUGGAAGUUUGCUGCCUCGGUGGUGGACCGCCUCUGCUUGAUGGCCUUCUCCAUCUUCACCAUUAUCUGCACCAUCGGCAUUCUGAUGUCGGCGCCCAAUUUUGUCGAGGCCGUGUCAAAAGAUUUUGCCUGACCUGCACGCGUGGACCUGCAGAAUGCCAGCGAUCCCUCAACAUACAAUAGCAAUAGCAUAGAUGGUGCACUUUGGCUAAUGCAGGAGGUGCAGAAGCAAACCAUUUUGGGAAGGGGGGAAUGGAGCGUAUAUUAAAAAAAGGACAAUAUAAUUAUUAAUAGCCUUGGCUAUAGCUUGGGCUGUGUGUAAACUGCACCA